AUGACACGGGGUAACCAACGUGACAACGAUCGGGCCAAGGCUCUGAAGAAGGCCGGCAACUCGAAGAACAAGAACACCCAGACCGGCAGCGAAUUUGCUAAGGCCAAGGAUGAUGCUGCUGCCAUCAUGCGCGAGAAGCAGAGAAAGGGUAUUAUAGCACUAGAUGUCCAACCCACGCUGAAAGACUGGCUUACUGAUCGUUUUUCUUCAACAGCGGAUGAAAAGAGAGCUGCCGAGGCUGCAGCAGGAGGCAAAAAAUAA